GAACCGCGCUUGUUCAAAAUUCUUUGACCCAUGACAGCGAAACGAGAUAGCAUCAUACCCGAGUCUAUUUAGCUGUCAACGAGCGUUGCCCUUCAACCAAACACUUCUUCUUCGCUUAAAUUACAUACAAAAUGUUUGGAGGAUUCGCCCCCCCUCAGCAGUCUCAGGAGGAGAUCCGCGCUCUUGAGGCCGAUGCUGCCUUUACAGUCCAAGGUGCCAUUACCACUGCUGUCCUCCUCUACCUCUCUCCCUUCGCUAUCGACCUCGUCGGCAAGAUCUUCUAAAUACCAAUAACACCGUUUACGACUAUGAAUCUGUCCGUGUCGUCUUUGAUAGUGUUAUGAGCCUGCAGAAAUGCGGUCGAUGGUGCUUCCGCCGCGCCAUGUACAAUAGAACCGGUUUAGAUGGGACGGGCGGGAAGUCAUGAUUAAUCUGUAACAAUACAUAUCCCAAGACGUGGUAAAAGCCGCGCAGCAACAUUCCUCACGAGAUCAAAAUGCACCAUAUCCGUUCCCAGUUCAUAAACCCAAUAGAGGUAUCACUUGCUGUGUCGAUAUUAUUCUUAGACUUUACAAAGAGUUACGUUUCGUAUCCUAUGACGCCUAGGAUGAAUACCCAGUCCUGACUCCAACUCUAUUUCACCAAUAUACAUCCUAAC